CACCACACCAACCAACAAGCUUGAUAACGACUUCACUGACCGAUCUCCUUAUCUGAAGGUCUCAACCGCAGGUGGAGAGUGGACACGCCAGGCGUCGGCAAUUUGCAGCUAGCUAGCUUCUCCUUUGUCAGGCAUGGAGAAGAGCAAGGUUCUUGUGGUCGGAGGCACCGGUUACCUCGGCAGGAGGAUCGUGAAGGCCAGCCUGGCCCAGGGCCACGAGACCUACGUGCUGUUCAGGCCGGAGAUCGGCCUCGACAUCGACAAGCUCCAGAUGCUGCUGUCGUUCAAGGGGCAGGGAGCACGGCUCGUCGAGGCGUCGCUCAACGACCACCGGAGCCUCGUCGCCACCAUGAAGCAGGUGGAAGUGGUGGUGUCGGCCAUGUCCGGGGUUCACUUCCGUAGCCACAACCUCCAGCUGCAGCUCAAGCUCGUGGAUGCUAUCAAAGAGGCCGGAAAUGUUAAGCGUUUCCUACCAUCUGAGUUCGGCAUGGACCCAGCAAGGAUGGGGCAUGCUCUUCACUAACUAGUAACUUAUGUUACCCUUUGAGAUUUCCAACAGUAAAUUUAAGUCCACUGCAAUUGCCGAUGGAACUUUGUAAUAUGCGUGAACUGUCAAGCCAUAAAUCACAUGUGCUCAUAAAGAAAAGUAGGUAUACCAAAUAAACGACAGCGCAUCAAUGCAACCUCAAAAUCAACCACCGUGAUAGAGCUACCGUACACGUAAUAUCAGCUAGGGCCUAGGGCCGUACACGUAAUGUCACCACCAACCAACAAGAUUGACA